AUGCACAACCCUAGUAAGCAGAGAUCAGUUCUUCGAACAAACAAGUGCGGUGAGAGGGAAUCAGUGAAUUCUCCCGAGUCUAUCGCUGACUACAACACCUUCAUGAGUGGAGUUGACAAAUUCGAUCAGCUUAUGUCGACUUACUCGAUUGCCCAGAAAUCUCGUCGGUGGUGGUUGAAACUAUUUUAUUAUUUCAUCGAUAUGGCGGAAGUAAGUAGUUACGUCAUGUACAAGGACUCGGCCAAAAAACAGCGUCGCCGUUAUUUGUGUCAUCUCGAGUUUCGCUCUCAAUUGGUCAACGAAAUGAUCGGUAAUUUCUGCAGCAGAAAACGCAAGGGCUAUAGUCCCGGAGCGGGAGUAGGCAGAAAAACACAUCAACCAGGUGGUUACCCUACCGUCCAAAAUGCAAUUCGUUUGUCAAACGUCGGAGACCAUAUGCCCAAGCAGCAAGAGAAAUAUCGUAGAUGCGCGCACUGCAGUACGAAGGCGAAAGAAAAGAGAAGCAACAUGAUUUGA